AUCCUAAGGCUCCUCAUUCACCUGCCUCCGAGCCUAGCACACGUUUCGAUUUGCACUCAAGGCUUGGUGCUCAAAGAUGUGCUCCCGACAGAACUCCAGAGGCUGCCACGAAACAUCCUCCCAGUCCGGGGGAUGCCACAGCGGGGGCUCGUCCUGCCAUGGCGGCAGCUCCUCCAGCUACCAGGCACUGGGCUCCUCUUGCUGCGCGAGCGGAGGCUCCAGCAGCUAUGGCGGGGGCAUAGCCUCAUGCCAGCAGAUACGGGGAUCCUCAGGCUACGGCACGGCAGGAGGAUCCAGCGGGGGCUCCAUUAUCAUCUCGUCUGGGGGUGGCAGUGGAGGGUCAUCCGGAUGCUGCAGUGGGGGGGGAUCCGGCGGGGGCAGCACAGGCUCCGGUCAGAAGAUCAUUGUCAGCUCCGGAGGUGGAGGUGGCGGCUCAUCCGGAUGCUGCAGUGGGGGAUCCUCAGGCUAUGACUUGGGAGGAGGAAGCAGCAGUGGCUCUUCAGGAGGCAAGAUCAUAAUAGCAGGAGGGGGGAGCAGUGGGGGAUCAUCCGGAUGCUGCAGUGGAGGAUCCUCAGGCUAUGGCCUGGGAGGAGGCUACGGUGGUGGCAGCGGGGGAUCAGGUCAGAAGAUCAUUGUCAGCUCCGGAGGUGGAGGAGGUGGCUCAUCCGGAUGCUGCAGUGGAGGAUCCUCAGGCUAUGACUUGGGAGGAGGAAGCAGCACUGGCUCUUCAGGAGGCAAGAUCAUAAUAGCAGGAGGGGGGAGCAGUGGGGGAUCAUCUGGGUCCUGCAGUGGAGGAUCCUCAGGCUAUGGCCUGGGAGGAGGCUACGGUGGUGGCAGCGGGGGAUCAGGCCAGAAGAUCAUUGUCAGCUCCGGAGGUGGAGGCUCAUCCGGAUGCUGCAGUGGGGGAUCCUCAGGCUAUGACUUGGGAGGAGGAAGCAGCAGUGGCUCCUCAGGAGGCAAGAUCAUAAUAGCAGGAGGGGGGAGCAGUGGGGGAUCAUCUGGGUCCUGCAGUGGAGGAUCCUCAGGAUACGGCCUGGGAGGAGGCUACGGUGGUGGCAGCGGGGGAUCAGGCCAGAAGAUCAUUGUCAGCUCUGGAGGUGGAGGAGGUGGCUCAUCCGGAUGCUGCAGUGGAGGAUCCUCAGGCUAUGACUUGGGAGGAGGAAGCAGCAGUGGCUCCUCAGGAGGCAAGAUCAUAAUAGCAGGAGGGGGGAGCAGUGGGGGAUCAUCCGGAUGCUGCAGUGGGGGAUCCUCAGGCUAUGACUUGGGAGGAGGAAGCAGCACUGGCUCCUCAGGAGGCAAGAUCAUAAUAGCAGGAGGGGGGAGCAGUGGGGGAUCAUCCGGAUGCUGCAGUGGAGGAUCCUCAGGCUAUGGCCUGGGAGGAGGCUACGGUGGUGGCAGCGGGGGAUCAGGCCAGAAGAUCAUUGUCAGCUCCGGAGGUGGAGGAGGUGGCUCAUCCGGAUGCUGCAGUGGGGGAUCCAGUGGUGGGUCUUCAGGAGGCAAGAUCAUAAUAGGAGGUGGAGGUAGUGGGGGAUCAUCUGGAUGCUGCAGUGGGGGAUUCAGUAGUGGCAGUGGAGGUUCCUCAGGCCACACAAUCAUCAGCUCCGGAGGAGGCAGCGGAGGGUCCUCCCAGUCCAUGCAGCAGAAAUGCCCCACCAUCAUUCCCAAUAUUGAAUCCCAUCAAACCAAGCAGGCCUGCUACUGGCCCCCCAGCUACCAGAAGUGAUGGCCACAGAUGGCCCCGGUGCUCAGCAAGAACAGCCCUCCGUGCGACAGACAAGUCACAGUUUUCUCUCUACAUCUGGUGCUCUCUUCCAAGUUUGCUGUUUCCUCCCAGCAUGUCCUCUUCUCUUGAUGCUGCAUCACUGUGCUGUGAAUUCAUCAUGCCAGUGCUCUAUGAUGUUUUAUGAUGCCUUUGAUCAGGCUCUGCUGAUUUUUCCAAGAGUAUAUGCAAGAUCUAGUAAAUACAAUAAUAUCCUAA